GGCAACUGUGAGAAACUGACAAGGAAAAAUAUCUAACGCUCUGAUAAAGUUUAUAAGCAGUGUACCAAUAUUAGUAAACGGCAGAAGCGGUAAAAGAUACCCGCAAUGGACAAAGGUUGCGUGUGUCAUUGGGCAGCUUGGGAAUAGCUACCGCAUCGCUGAAACGUUGUCACUACGGGACUUUUUUUCUGAGACUAAACGCGUCGGUUAGCGUCACGAAGUCACCAUGUGUAGUUCCAACGCGGGCGCUCUCCUGCCCUACGGGUUGAAGAUCCCCACCCCCGGGCCGUAUUUUUCCUUCGCACCCAACAUGGGACAGCUAGCGGCUCUGGAUUUCCAGCGUCCACAGUUCUGUGACUACGGCGCAAGGUUACACUACGGAAUACGCGGCUAUCCGUCCGGGCUGGGAAUGUCGCCGUAUCACCCCCACCUCGCAGACCCGUACACCCAAAGCUACCUGUACAAACACGACCUGCGGGCCAGGUACAUCCAGGAGGAACCGAAGCCAAGCCAAAGCUACAUAGGACUCAUAGCCAUGGCCAUUCUGAGCGCCAAGGACAAGAAGUUAGUUCUCAGUGACAUUUACCAGUGGAUUCUGGACAACUAUGCCUACUUCAGGACAAGAGGUCCCGGCUGGAGAAACAGUAUUCGUCAUAACCUCUCCCUGAACGACUGCUUCAUAAAGUCGGGUAGGAGUGCAAACGGAAAGGGCCACUACUGGGCUGUGCAUCCAGCCAACGUCGACGAUUUCGGUCGAGGGGAUUUCAGAAGGAGGAGAGCCCAGAGGAAGGUCCGGAAACACAUGGGGCUCGCAGUACCCGACGAGGAAGACAGCCCCAGUCCCUCGCCCACCCCACAGGCGACGUGGGGCGAAAGCAGCCGACUUUGCGACGAUAAAGACGACGGAACUAAAGAUCUAGAAAACGGUCCCCGGGUGUCGGGAACGGGAGACCCACAGCCACAGCAGGGUCCCGCUGUGAUUGCGAACCAACCUGCCAAAAGGAGACUGUUCGAUAUGGAGAGUAUACUGGCGCCCGAUACCAAACGCGUGUGUGAUCGUCCAGUGUUUUCACAGCUCAGUUUCGACAGUCAUAUGAGAUUAAUUUCAAGCCAGACGUCGCCCAGAGAAGAGGACGAUUCAACAGACGCGGACGUGGUUAGCAAACAUUUACCAAAACCUGACGAUGAGCCAAAUUCAACCGAAACUCAUGGCAGCAGUUCGGUGUCCGAGUCCCCCAGCCCCGUGUCGUCCCCAACUCGGAGCCUAGAUCUCCAGGACUCGGGACCCAGUGCUCGUGACAGCAGUGCCAAGGGGACAGAACUCUACUCGUGGCCGCUGCCCGGCGCAGGGCGUGUUCGACCCAGUGCGUUCCACACGACGUCGACGCCGACAGCAGCAGCGUGGAACACAUACGCCACCUACCUCUACCCCAUGUUGGCGUCUUCUUCUGCAGCGUACCCGAUGAUGCUGCCGCAGAUGCCGACGCUGUCUGCCGAGGCUGCCAACAGAAUAAGACAAACAAUGAAUGGACUAAGAUCGGAGUCGCCGGUCAAAACGGACUCAGAUGAGCAAUGAUUUGAGUUUUUUUCUCCAUGAGUGGCAGUUAUUUAUUUCUUAGAGCUACCUCGUGAAGUAUUCACAGACAAAACUGGACAUUUUCGAAAAACCCCAUAAAUAAUGGCAUGCAUAGACUGAAAUAAUACUUAAAUUGCUGAACUGAAAAGUUAUUUUCUGAACAGCUCAAAUUGAGAAGUGUUGACGAACAAACAUAUACAAUGACAUUAAAAAAACCCAACUUCUAUCAUAGAUACAGAUACAUAAAUUAGGUGCUGAAAACGAAAGCUUUAUCUUUGUUUUAUGAACAGACACAACAAACAAUGAUAUAUACAAUUUACUACAAGAGAGAGAGAGAGACAGACAAAAAGCCAACAUGUCCUGUAGUCGACGUUGAAAUUAUAAACUGGUGUGAAACAUUUUGAUUAUUUGGCGGAAAAAGAGUUCUUUUUUUUGUUCCAUUAUGUGAAUACAAUUUAUUGUGAUGUAUUAAGAAAAUGGUGCAUUAUGUUUGAUUUCUGUUCAGGCAUUUAUUCCAAAGAGAACAUUUAAGAGUCAGGAAAUGUUUGUGUUUUUUCUAUUGAACCUAGUGCUGCACAGUUGCGUAUACGAAGUCUUUGUGGAAGGUAGGGUGUUGUAUUAUGCAGCUUUUUGCUGACAAUAUGUGUAGUGUAUAUAGCUAACCAUCGUGAAUAAAUAUUUAAA